CACAUAACAAUCAUGGCGGACAGUGAAACCCUGGAGUGCAUAACGGAGCACGAGCGGAUUUUACAGGAAAUUGAAAGCACCGACACAGCUUGUGUCGGUCCGACUCUUCGGUCUAUUUAUGAUGACCAACCCAAUGCCCACAAGCGCUUCAUGGAAAAGCUUGAUGCCAGGAUCAGGAAUCAUGACCGUGAGAUUGAAAAGAUGUGCAAUUUUCACCACCAAGGGUUUGUGGAUGCCAUCACAGAGCUCCUCAAAGUCCGUGCUGAUGCAGAAAAACUGAUGGGUCAAGUGACAGACACUAAUCGAAGACUACAAGAUGCAGGCAGGGAGGUGACAGCUCAGACAGAGGAGGUGAUUCGCUGUCGGGUCCAGCAGAGGAACAUGGCGACCACUGUGGAGAAACUCCAACUCUGUAUACCAGUGCUAGAAAUGUACAGCAAGUUAAAGGAGCAGCUGGAAUCCAAAAGAUAUUAUGCCGCACUAAAAACCAUGGAGCAGUUGGAGAAGGUCUAUAUCCCGAGGGUCAGUCAGUACAGGUUCUGUCAGAUCAUGGCUGAAAAUCUGCCCAGACUGAGAGAGGAGAUCAAAGACAUCUCCAUGUCAGACCUCAAAGACUUCCUGGAGAGCAUUCGAAAGCAUUCAGACAAGGUUGGAGAGACUGCCAUGAGACAGGCACAGCAGCAUAGGACCUUUAACAGUGCAGUAGCCAAGCAGGCCAGUAUGGGCCACUACAUCAAGCCCGUGUACUCUCUCAAUGAGCGAACUCAUGCUCACACUCCCAACGGCCUGCUGAUGGAUGAUGACACUGGAGAUGAUGAGGCUGAUGAAGAGAUUCUUACAGCUCAGGAUCUGGUGGACUUCUCGCCCGUCUACAGGUGUCUACACAUCUAUACUGUGUUGGGUGACCGAGAAACAUUUGAGAACUACUACAGGAAACAGAGGAAAAAACAGGCCCGGCUAGUUCUGCAGCCGCAGGCUAACAUGCAUGAGACAGUGGAAGGCUACAGAAGAUACUUCAAUCAGAUUGUGGGGUUCUUUGUUGUAGAGGACCAUAUCCUCCAUGCCACUCAAGGGCUGGUGACCAGAGCUUAUACUGAUGAACUGUGGAACAUGGCGCUGUCCAAGAUCAUCGCUGUACUCCGGACACACUCUUCAUACUGUGACGACCCAGACUUGGUGCUGGAGCUGAAGAAUCUCAUAGUCAUCUUUGCUGACACACUACAGGGGUUCGGCUUCCCGGUAAACCGUUUGUUUGACCUGCUGUUUGAGGUUAGAGACCAGUACAACGAAACCCUGCUGAAGAAAUGGGCACUGGUUUUCAGAGAGAUCUUUGAACUGGACAACUACAGUCCCAUCCCAGUGGAGACAGAGGAGGAAUAUAAACUGGUUGUCAGCCGCUUCCCUUCCACGAUGCUGAGAUAG